AUGUUUCGAAAACCGAAAAAGAAGGUAGUGGCUAGGCAACCGAUCGGAAGUGGAUGGGAUGAAUCUGAAAAUGAUAUCUCUGUACAAGAAUCAAAAGAAACAGAUGAUGGUAAAGCGAAUGACGAGAACGAAACUCUAUCUAUUCCGUCAAAACCACCCGCUCUUCUGAGUUUUGAUCAUGACGAAGGAGCUGAUGCUGAUUUCACAGUAAAGAAGAAUACAAAGCAGGUGGAUGAAAUGAAGAGGCAAAUAAAGUUAGAAGUGGAGUGUUUAAAAAUCGAAGAGGAUGGUCAAUUCGUAGAAGUUAUUAAAAAAGAAAACUCUCAUGAUUCUGCAAGAAAACCUUUGAAUCGGAAGAAAUAUCUCGAGAAGUACCGCACAUCUCAUCAGCAGGCUUAUUCGGAUGAAAGUGAUAUUGAAAUACAGAAUGAUGUCUCAUCAAAAUUUGGCAUGACAUUCGACGGUAUUCCGGAUUCUAAAGCCGUAUUUGAAGCGAAAAAAAAGAGAGAACGACUCAGGAGGGAAAAGGAUGGCAUCAUACCCUUGGAAGAAACUGCGAGGGAGAAGAACGUGAGAGAACGUCUUGUUCGUGAAGAUGAUCAUGAUGAUUCAGAUGAGGAUCACGGAAGGUUUUAUUCUCUGAAACAAUUAACUAAAGAAGAAGAGGAACGUCGAAGAGACGAACAGAACGAGUUUCUCGAGCGUGAGCAAGGAGAUGAUGACCGUGAUCCUGAAGAUGAUGAAUGGGAAACCCAACAAAUACAGAAAGCAGUCAGUCGACAAACAAUUGGUCGAAUGAGGCCAGAGUAUGAUAUUUCAUCUAAAAAUUUACAAGCCGGUUUAGUUGAAUAUCGUCAAACGCAACAACAGCAACAGGAGGUUGAUAUGGAUAUUGACUUUGACUACGAACAAGAAACACAUAAUCCAAGAACAACAGUCUUGGGCGUGCCAAACACUGGAGGUGUUAUUACCAUUGAGGAUAUAGUAGCGAAAUUGGACUUGAGAAUUAAAGAUACAGAGGACCAGCUGAAAGCUACGUUAGAUGAUAAAGAUCGACUUAUCAGAAACAUUGAAGAAAACACGACUAUGAUAAGAAAAAAUGAUAUAGAAACACCUGACUUGGCUAGAAAAUUUACCAUGAAUCAAGAGUUGAAGAUAUUCAUUCGUAACUUACUGGAUUGUUUGAAUGAGAAGGUGGCGGACAUCAACAUCCUGAUAGAUAGACGACGGCACUGCCUCAAAUCUCGAUCUGAGCGAUUGAUGAGAAGAAGAAGGAAGGACGUGCAGGAUCAGUAUGCGGAAUGUUCAGCUUUAGCUAGUGGGAAGCCUAUACAAUCAAUGAAAACCGGAGAGACUGUAUCUCGUGUAGCCGAAAGAGAGGCCAGGCGUGGCAGAAGAAGACGUGAGCGGGAAAACACCCUAUCCGGUAUUUCACACGAAGAAGGAUUGAGUAGCGAUGAUGAAGAGCCUACUAGUACUCAACUUCAUGAUAAAUCUAUAAUAGACGAAUGCGUAGCUGGGUUAGACACAGUCUUUGUCGAUGCAGCAGAUGAGUUUUCGAAUCUUCGUAAAGUUCUGGAUAGAAUACUGGACUGGUUGGCGGUGGAUGAGCAAUCUUUCCAAGAUGCUUAUGUAGCGCUUUGUAUACCAAAACUCUGCUCUCCGUUUGUACGCAUUCAACUAUCCAAAAUAAAUCUAUUAGAGGAUCCGAAUUUCACAUAUUCUACCAACCAAUGGUACAUAGAUUGUUUAUUGGCUGGAGUGAGCCACAAUGAGAUCCAAUCUGAUCAUCCUAUCAUCGUUAACAUACUGCCUAAAGUUUUUGAAAAAGUUAUAGUCCCAUAUUUCACUGAUAUUGUAAAUGAUGAAUGGGAUCCUACAUCGUUAAAGCAGUCUGUGAAUCUAAAUUUGCACUUGCGAGGGCUAGCAAUGUUUCCAACUAUAACUGCAAAAUCGAAGCCUUACUUAGUUUUAAUGGAAUCGAUCAAAAAGAAAAUCACUCAAUCUAUUGAUGAAGAUUUAUGUGCAGUAAUGUUCAGUAAACAAGCUGUGGAGAAUCCUAACACCGGUUGUAGAGCAUUCAUAGAUAGACAAUACUGGGUUGCAAUAAAGUUGAUUCGUUGUAUAAAUGCUUUGAAGGAAACUCUAUCACCAGAAUCGCGAUUUGAACUGAUUGUCGAGAAUGUUGUGAACAAAGCCUGCGUCUUGGGUCUUCAGUUCGGCUUGACGAACGAUGUUAGUUGUGAAAGAAAGGUCAAAGCGUUAGCAGCAGAACUACUGCCUGCAUAUGCUAAACUAGGGGGAGAACAUUCAUUCCGAUCUCUGACAAUUUGCUUAAAUAAGGUUAUGAACGAUCAGAAGGAAGCCGGAAGGGAUUUCCACAAGGACAUUCAAAAAAUACUGAACAUUCUCGCUCGCUCUGAUAACUAA